GUGCUCUGUGGCUAUGGCGGGCAUGGCCCGUGUCUCUGUGCUCAAUUGGUCGCGUUCUUCUCCUCCCCAUGCCGCACUCUCUCUCAUUCUAUUCCGUUUCUGCUUGCCUUGGGAUCGCUUCCUGUCUUUCCCGGGCCGUUCGAUUGAGCUCCUUUUUCUUGUUGGAAUCAGAUCCAAUUUCAGCCUCCAAAUCGGCGUUGCAAGGCUCGCUAGCUGUGGUUGCUGAACAGGUACAUCGUUUUUGAGAGAAAGGAUAUAGCGCCUUAACGGGGUUUGAUCUGGUCCUGAUAGUUUCAUCACCCCGUUUGGAACCUUCGCGGUGCGAAAUUCGAUUGCGAUAUUUCGGCAUUUCUUGAGUGUGGUGACCCGGAAGUCGUUAUGCAGUAAUCCCCGAAUAUUUUGCACGAAGAUUAGUUGUUACCACUCAAGGCUGGAAAGAGAAUUCGAUGGUCAAAAUGAGUUAUAGUAUUGCAAUGAUACCAGGCACAUGUGCAGGAUGCAUAAUACUUCAGAGUCGUUCACCUCUGCAUAAAUUUGCAGGCGUUUCAUAUUCUAAUUCUCUUUCAUUACAAUGCUCAAUCCACUUUUCUCCUAAAUUAGUACAGUUUAGAACGAAUCGUUGUAAUUCUAUGAGUUACAACAAAAAUUUGCGAGGGGGUAUUCCGAGUAAAAAUAUAAGUCGGGUGCACCAAAUCUUAAUCAGUAAGAGUACGUUUGGUUCUAAAUCAUUCUUUGGGUUCAACGAUCAUCGAACAGAUGAUUUGAAUGGUUCAAGCAGAUGGGGAAAAGUGAGGCUCAUUCACGCAAGUACUCAAGGAUUUGACCAAGAUUCGCAGAAUGAAGGCAGUUCAGAACCUUCGUUGAUACAAAGUCCUAGUGGCAAGAAGGAAGAAAGGAACCCUAAGCUCUCAGCGCAUGUGGAUGAGGAUGAUCGCCCCAGCACAUCCGGCAGACCAGAGCCUUCGGUAGGCCCUCCAGAGCAGGGCUGGUGGAGACACCCAAAAUGGAUUUGGAAUUCAAUCUGGAGUUGGAAAGGAGCCCCUGCCGUGCAGGCUCACGAGGUUGGGGCUCUGCUUCUUCAAUUGAGCGUAGUGGUUUUGCUCAUGAGAUUGCUACGCCCCGGUGUUCCAUUUCCAGGAAGGUCCUCACCAUUGAAGUCUGAAAGCAGUUCUUCAGCAUAUGUCAGUGUCCCAUUCAGUGAAUUCUUGAGCAGAAUAAACCAGAACGAUGUUGAGAGUGUGGAGAUUGAUGGAUUUCAUUUGACAUACUCUUUACGACCAUCAGGACGGCAAGCACGGCCUGAGAAAGAAGUACAGAUCCAAGUAGGAGAUGGACUUGAGUAUGAGACUUCCCGAACUAAAGGAGUUGAAGUACCUGCAACUGCACAGUCAAGUUCUCCCUCACGGCGGAUAGUUUACACUACAACAAGGCCCUUUGACAUCAGUACCCCGUAUGAACAGUUGCAAGAAAAUGGAGUGGUGUUUGGCGCCCCUGACAAGCGUCCAGUGAAACUUGUCAAUACCUUGUUUAUAUUUCUUCUAUAUGUUGGCCUUAUUGGCGGCCUUCUGAGUCGAUUUUCGUUGAAACUGCCACAGAGAUCUACAACGGGUCGAAUGCGAAAUCGGAAGGGAUUAUUAUCGGGAGGUGGCAAGGAUCAAGGUGUUGGGGGUCCAAUUAUGUUUGCGGAUGUUGCAGGUGUGGACGAAGCAAAAGAAGAGCUUGAAGAAAUUGUUGAAUUUCUUAAACACCCUGAGCGGUAUUCAAGGCUCGGAGCCAGGCCACCAAGAGGAAUCCUGCUGGUUGGGCCACCUGGUACGGGGAAGACAUUGCUUGCUAAAGCAGUUGCAGGCGAGGCCGAUGUGCCUUUUAUUAGCUGUUCAGCUAGUGAGUUUGUGGAGCUAUAUGUGGGUAUGGGUGCUUCUCGUGUCCGUGAUCUUUUUGCCCGAGCCAAGAAGGAAGCUCCGUCGAUUGUUUUCAUUGAUGAGAUCGAUGCAGUAGCAAAGGGUCGCGAUGGUCGGCUUCGAAGUGUUGGGAAUGAUGAGCGAGAGCAAACCCUCAACCAGCUUCUCACAGAGCUGGAUGGAUUUGAGAGCAGCUCAACUGUUAUUGUACUUGGGGCUACCAAUCGAGCUGAUGUUUUGGAUCCUGCUCUUAGGCGACCUGGACGAUUUGACCGGAUUGUCACUGUGGAGCCUCCAGAUAGGCAAGGUCGCGAGGAAAUUUUGACUGUUCAUGUGACCAAGAAACAGUUGCCUUUGGCACCCGAUGUUAAUCUUAACGUGAUUGCCGCAGCCACAGCUGGGUUUACUGGAGCAGACCUGGCAAACCUGGUGAAUGAAGCAGCCUUAUUGGCAGGGAGGGCAAGCAAAUUGGAGGUUGGGAACUCAGAAUUUUCUCAAGCAGUGGAGCGUUCAAUAGCUGGUAUUGAGAAGAAGCGCUCUACGUUGCAUGGCUCUGAAAAGGGUGUCGUAGCACGGCAUGAGGCAGGUCAUGCAGUGGUUGGAACCGCUGUUGCCAAGUUUAUACCUGGUCUUACACGAGUGCAGAAACUAAGCAUUUUGCCAAGAACAGGAGGAGCUUUGGGUUUCACGUACAUCCCCCCUGGUGCUGAAGAUCGUAACCUACUGUUCGUUGAUGAGCUAAGAGGUCGUUUGGUUACUCUUUUGGGUGGUCGUGCUGCUGAGGAAGUGGUGUAUCAUGGCCGUGUUUCUACCGGUUCUCUUGACGAUAUCAAGCGUGCUACAGACUUAGCAUAUAAAGCAGUGGCAGAGUAUGGUCUCAGUCCCAUUAUUGGUCCGAUUUCGUUAGCUACUCUAUCUGGAGGAGGCCUUGAUGAUACUGGUAGUUCCUUCUCCUGGGGCAAAGAUCAGGGUCAUAUGGCGGACAUGGUACAAAAAGAGGUGAGAUCUUUAAUGAACUCCGCACUGGAAAUGGCAUUGCUGGUUAUUCGCUCCAAUCCUACAGUACUUGAGGGACUCGGCGCACAACUUGAAGCUGAAGAAAGGCUUGAAGGUGACCCGCUGGAGGAGUGGCUCAAUGCCGUGCAUGCUCCAAUAGAGCUAGCUGCGUUUUUUCGUGGAACAAACUGAAACUUUUCAACGGAGAGGCAUCCAGCAAGCUUAGGCCCAUGGAGGUAAAAGCUUGAUAACAGUGUACAGACAAGUCAACAUAUACCUGUUAAGAGCCGACAGAAUUAUUUUAAGGAUGAAAAAACAAGGCAACCUUGCAUCAUCUUCUCUUUCGAGGUCUGAAGUUCAAACAAAUUUUAUCUCAAAAGCAGGGUGUAGUUCCCUAGCAUGGAAUGUAUAUUAGAAGGCUUACAAUAUGCUCACAAUAGUUUUGAAGUUAGUCGACGGUUGGGGUGUCAUCCACAAGGAUUGCCUCGAUUUUAAAAUAAUAGGUUUUUGACAAAUGGUGUGUUUGAAUAUGGCCUGAAAUGAUCCUUAGGCAAUUAUUGUAGAGUUAGGUAAGGAUUUGAUUUUUUAGCAGCUUGAUGAGAGGUUCUAUCUGAUGGGUUUUUUUAUCAGGUUCUGGAGUGAUCCAUUUGAUGAAGUCAAGAAGAUGCAACUGCAAAGAUUUGAAAACAUCAAACUUUACAUAGCCUAAGAACGCUUUUUGCCUAGGUCUGCUGACAGGAAGUAACAGCAUCUGAGUGGAUUGAAGUAUCGUCUUAUUGCGCUGUCUAAAAUGCUGAUUAAUACCCCUCUCUGUGAGGCCUUUCUUACAGAAGGACCCUUAUCAUGUGAAUGUAGAGAUUCAAACGUAAAGUAUUGUGCCUAGCAAUAGAAAAAUGGUCUUAGUCUCCGAUGAUAACUUUGGGAGAUGGGAAUCGCUUAUCCGCUUGUACUACCGUCCGGUUCGAAUGCUAUGCCCUUCACUCAAGAGUUGAGUAAUGUCAAAAAUUUAAGCAGUCAAA